AUGGUUACAAAGGAGAAGAAGGAGCCAAAGCAGAGAAAGGCAUCUAAGCAACCAAAGAAGAAUUCGAAAAAGGAUUCAAUUGAGGCUGAAGAACGCUUCGCCUAUGAACCAAAACGUUUGGUAAAGUGUAUUAUUUGUUUCAAAUACUAUGUAAUAUUUUUAAAAUAUUCUCGAAGAUAA